AUUUCCUUUCCAAAGAAGUAGUCAUACAAAUCGAAGUUAAACUCGGAUUGUAUUGUUUGUUCUUAGUACAUUUUGUCGAAUUCAAAUAGAAGACGAAAGAUGAAGGUGUAUUUGAUUGCAGCAUUUUCAUUCCUAGCUGUAUUUGGAGUUGCUCAAUCAUUUACUCAGCAUGAAUUCCAGGAUGCUGUGUGCUCAAUACCCGACAAAUAUCUACUCAGAUUCCUAAAUUGCACUGUUAGUCGUGCCCCAAAAAUCUUUCAAAAGGCAGUCGAUAUCGUACAUGAAUGCGUAGAUACAUUUUAUGAAGUCGAUGGCAAAUUGGAUGCUCUUUUAACAAUUUCUUGUGAUAAUAAUGUACAGACAGACAAGGAUGUUAACGAUUGUUUGCGGGAAAAAGGCAAGGAUAUAAGCGACCCAGACCGACAAGAUGCGUCAACAAUGGAAGAAACUGUCAAAUAUUGUAUCUUUCAGGCAUAAAUCAUAUAUUGGAAUUACUCUGGUGUGAUUAUAAUGUCUAACAUUCGUACAAUUUAUUGUACUUUUUGUAUCCGAACAGCUAAAGAAUUAAAUUGAUUAUGAAGCAUUAAA